GUGAUGAACAAGACUAAAACAAAAUAUAAAAUGGAGGGGGUAGAAUAGUAAAUGUCACACCUUACCCAUACACACGCACAACCAUAAAAACCUAGUUUUCAACAAUUCGACCUACGUAUCUUUUUCAGCCAGUGCCGCCGUACACAACCCUAACUGGUAACGAUCAUUAACAAUGUUAGAGGAAAAGAGGCGACGUGAUCUCAGGGGAACUGAAGAACUUACAUGUUACUCGAUCAUAACAUGUUGAGAAUUCAUAGGUUAUAACAAGUUUCCUGGACUGCACACGCAAACGAGGGUUGCUGCUUAAUGGGAAGACUCUUUUUGAUUUUAUUCAUUUUUCAAAAGAGAAUUCACCUAAAAUGAGUAUAGGAGGGAGAGCUCAGUUUAUGUCGACUAUCAGCUUGAAGUCGUGUUAUAUGAAGAUAAACUCUUUAAUUGAGCUGUUCAGAUGUGGAGAAAUGCCUAUCUUUUCGGUUUCCACAAAUUCUGAAGCUGUUGUAUUGCAACAAGUACGCGUUAUUGUUACGGCAGCAGAGCUCGGGGAAAAAGAUAUAUCGCCUUUGGACGUGCAUUCAUACAACAAUACUUCUACUGAUAAGCUUCCUGAAGAUCAAAGGCCAAGAACAAGAGAGGUCAUAUUCUUCUACAUAUACAACAAUGAUAGGUUGCACAAGACACAAGGCCCAUAUGCUCAGAGGAUUGUUUGGGCACUCAAACUGAAAGGCAUAGAGUAUGAAACAAUGUUCGAAGAUCUUGCGAACAAGAGUCGUUUACUACUCGAAUACAAUCCUGUUCACAAGAAAGUCCCGGUUUGGUUGCAUGAUGGAGCACCCAUAUGCGAGUCGCUUCUGAUUCUCGAGUAUGCUGACGAUAAAUGGAACACAACUGCUCGCUUAUUACCCGACGGUCCGCUUGCCAGAGCCACCACACGUUUCUGGGCAAAGUUUUGUGACGACCAGAUAGUUGGAAGAAAGCUUUAUCCUCGAGAAAAGGCGUUUAACUUCUGGUAAGUCACGAGCUGUAUAAGGCUGUAAUCGAGCUCAAGCUCGACUCGUAAAAACUUCGAGCCGUAACUGCAAGAACAAAGAAUAAAGAACAAGAGCGUCUUCGUGUUGAUAAAGAGCUCGGUAAUAUCCGCACUCGUUUUUGAAACGAAAAGUUAAUAUCACCGGUUUUCUGGUGAGAUAUUGGAUGCGUUGCUGUUGGCACACCCGGACGUGUUUUUGGCAUGUUGCGCAGAUAGUCCCUUCGUUCUGAUUACAUCAAGACGUUUGCUCUUGAUGAGGCUGAUGAAAUGGUUUCAAUGGGGUUCAAGGAUCAGAUCUAUGAUAUCUUCCGGUUGUUGCCAUCAAAGGUUCAUGUUGACGUGUUCUCCGCAACAAACCAGUUAGGAUUCUUGUGAAGCGUGAUGAACUCACUUUGGAAGGUAUUAAAAAAAGUUCUAUUUGAAUGUGGAGAAAGAAGACUAGAAGUAUGAAACACUCUGUAACCUUUGCGAGACGUUUGUUUUGUGGUUUAUCAUAUGUUUGUCUUUUUAGACAUAUACGCAUGUUAGUUUGUGGUUUAAAAACACUAGAACUUGCGUUAUGUAUUAUUUUCGGGUGAAUUUAAAGCAGGUUUUUUUACUCUUUUCUAUAUAA